AUGACCGAAAACAUAGCAUCAAAUGACAACCCAGAUAUUCGAUCACCUAAGGCGACUAUCUCGAAACGUAUAGAUUGGGCCACGACGGAAUCAGGAACUAGACACACAAGCGAGGACACAGAAGCCUCCAGAGAGCUAGAUCUUCCGCCACGGGACAUAUUCAAGACCCCUCCGCCUAAAACCAACAGCGUCGAAUCCAGUAAUGUCAUUGCUCACCCUUCCAUAAAUGAUCACCCUUCGUCAAUCGUGGGCAAAAAGACUUACAACAUUGCAACUUUGAUGGAGUAUAGAGGCUCGCUGUCUGGGAUCUCGGUUUUUGCGAAAAUCAAGCCAGAAGCUCUGGCAGAUAACUUGUUUCCGUACAUCAGUGGCUAUCACCUCCAGCAACCACCUGCCCGAACCCGAGGUUUGUCUCAGCUUUCGAACGCCCAAAGAGGGAUGGAUGGCACCCGAAGUCUCCCAUCACUAAACCUGCAGCGCAAAUUUGCUGGGACUCCCGACCGCCAGCCAUUAGGUCCACCGGACAAGGCGAAUCUUCAACAGCAUGCAGGAUUUGUACGCUUCCUGAAGCAGCACGCAUCCCCACCACACCAUCGCGUUACGGCUGGGGGCCGAAUAGUGCCGACAGGACCAUAUGCGCCCCCGCCCAUGUUCGAUUAUGCCUCUUUGACUGGCAUGAACAAUGCUCGUCGUGAGACUUUCUUCCAGCAGUCAUUACGAGAGCAGGGAAGCACCCACAAUGGGAGGGCGCAGAGUGCUUGGAAUGUACCCCAGACCUCACCACUUGACUUUCAAUUUCGAACAGCCGAUAAUUUCCACCCCAUGAUCUCGCCGAACCCGGGUCUUCAGAACAAUUUCUUGUCUACCAGCAUGAAUGAUGAAACAAACGAUUCCCAGUAUCCGGCACCAAACCUCUCUGCCCAAUCUUCUUCCUUUGUUCCUAUUGGCAGUCUGGAAGAUGGCUCUUUGAUCACCUCAUGUAAUGGUACGAUGUAUCGCAUGUACUGGAAUGGAACCGGCACGGUCGUCGAACCCCUGUCUGCACUUGCUCUUCAAAGCCCCCUUGCAACUCAGACAGAGCUUUCUGCUCAACCACGAACUACUCGCAUUCAGCGAAAAUCUAACACAGUAUCUCAACAGAUUCCUAGGGAGCCAAGACCCCUAGCGAAUACGACGAAUCAGUCCCGAGUCUCGAGCUUAGGCUCUCGAUCAUCCCAACAUCUCAAGGAUCUCGGCUCUCAGCACUUGAAAAUGCUAGAGUCCCGCCAAAACGUCCUCAAGGCAGAGCUCCAUGAACUCGAUCGAAACAUUGCGCUACGUCACUACGAACUGAAACAAGAGCAGCGAGUCACUCUGAUCUCGCAAAGAAGAAGUCUCGUUGAAGAGAUUGAUAAGAUCCGCAGAAUUAAAGAGCCUUCCUCGCAGGACUUGCCAAUCGUAAGCGUAAAGGAUCUUGAGAGACGUGCUAUCCACCGGCGCAACCUGUCUCGAUCGAGCAAAGCCUUGUCGCCCAGGGAAGAUAGGCGGGACAAUGCGAACAUGCGAGAGCAAGCUCAUGACCUGGCUCACAAACCCUUGUCGCCCAAUGCUCCGCCUUUCAUUCCAAGCAAUAGCAAAUUAAGCCCGGUGAAUGUUGAAAAAAAUAGGCCUGUUGCUCGAAUCCACCAUGAAAGCUCACUUGGUCUACUUGGACAAGCAUUGCCUGGCAUGCCAGAUAGCGCCCCAACCAACCACUUUCCCGAACUAGCCGAACAUGCUCAUAUUCGUCGCUUUGCCCAAGAUGAAUCACCGCGUCGGAUUCCCUCAGAUCCUGCAAUGAAAACAAUUCACAAGAGUGACAUUCUCUAUGCGGCGAUACAUGAAACGAAUAUCAUAGAUGGGCAAAAGCGGUUUUGCACUACUGUACCAGAAUUUCAGGAGGCGAUUAAGCGCGUACGGCAGCAAGCUCGUCUUUAUGGCUGUGCUGGAGGGUCAAGCAAAGACCCGGCUUAUGAUGCGGAACAAGAUAUUUGGUGGGCUAUCUGCGACAAAGAUCCAAUCCCUUUCCCAUCCGAAACCCCUGAUCACGUAUCACAUCCUCGCCCAUGGGAUUGGAAUGACAGUGCAUUCAACUACCGCCGCGAUCAGGAAGUACAUUCAAGAUCGAUAGCACCACUCCCUGGGAAUGAUUUCUAUCAUGAUGAACGGAAUUCUACAACUAAACGAAAACCUCUGGAUAUCCGCGAACUACUGCCGUAUGUAGAUCCCAACAGGCGAGCGUUGAGGAACAUUAAGCCCAAAUUGGAAGGUUCUUGGAAUGUUGAGGAAGAGACCCAUCCAGAUGAGUCACGAGGAUUGAAGGCGUCUAAGCAACUCACCCAUGAUACGCUCAUACAUCCGGAGAUCCAGAUCGAAAGAGCGCAGCUCAAUACAGACACCUCUAACAAGUCCAAAAACAACCGAGCAGAGGUAGCUAAACGUCGAACCUCUACGAUAACUCGAGAUGAUCUGCAAAAGCUCCACUCGGAAACUUUUGGUCUCGCCACCAAAUCCGAGGGCACACAGAAAGACAGACCGAUACGUUCCAUGGAGGAUCACCAAGCGUCGUUUAGCGUCUUGCAUGAUUCUGACGCAGGCCUAAAGACGAUAGACCAACCCGCGUAUACGGACCAGACACCUGAGGUUCUGCAGCCGAAGAAUGAUGUACCAAAGGCUUCAGCUUACAACGAAAGUGUAAAGUCACAGAAAUCUGAGAUGACGUUAAGACGAAUACCUAGCAAGCAUAAAGUAGCGAAAGCUAUACCAUUACGUGAACAGAGACAUGCGUUCAAAAAAUCUUCAAGAGACAAGAAGUCAGUGACAGAUUCGGAGAACACACAAGCCACAAGUGUCAGCUCUGACAUUGGAGCGAAGCUGAAGAGCAAAAGGCUGCGCGAAAAGGGGCAGCGAAAUUUGAUUUCGAGGACGACGCAACAAUUGAGUCCACGUGCAGCAGCAAAAAAGGCGAAGGAACUUUAUGAGAGAUCACGAUCGAAAUCCCCAUUGAAAAGGCAACCAAAUUUGCCUGCACCAGAGCCUGCACCUGGUCCACGGGUCAACCUUCCUCCAUGGAUCUUCACAGCGCCCAAACGUGAAUCUGCACCAAAUGCUUUUCUUUCAAACGAAGUGAAGUCAAACUCAGUGUCACAAUCCACGAACGACACUUUCCUUCGUGACAUGCUUAGAGGUGGACACUUCUCAUUUGCUCACACUAAGGCCAAGCCUCCAGAAAUUAGAUCUCCUACACUGCAGCCCGCUCUAGCCAUUCAUCACAUUGGUGAGCAUUCCAACAAGGAAAACGAAGCCGGUCAAUUGCUUAAUCCGACGGCUCCGAAAAUAAGCAGUCUGGAGACGAUGUCUCUUCCCAUCAGUGAGCAUCAUGGGCUCCUUCCAAGCAAGGCAGCUUCUUCACUUGCCUCGUCGUCUUAUCAUGCCAGUGGCUUCCUCCCUCAAUACGAUGGGGCAGGCAAGUCUCAAACGUCGAACGUGCAUCAACAACAUGGGGCUUCAACGUCUCACCGCCAAGCGAAAGUCAAUCUUCCUUCAUCUUCGUCCUAUGAGAGCGCCGUGACCCCCCUGGGUGAGAUAAGCCAUAAUCAAGUCCGUGGCUCCUUGUCCAGUCAAAGCAAGCAGACUUUACGCAUAUCAAGGCCACCAGUUCCAUUUGGAUUCGAUGGGUCCGCAGAUGAAUUGUCAGGCACAGCCGUGAAUGAUAAUCAAAGCAAGCCAAAUCCCUCUACAGCGGCGCAGAUUACUGAAGCGGAUUAUCUUCAGCGACGGGCAGAUCCCAACAAUGACCAGCACUACAAGGAAGUGGACGCAUUCUUUAACAAGAUUGCGGAGGAAGAGAAAGAUACUAUGGCUCGUCGUCUUCGUCAGAACACCAAAACAGACUGA